CUUUGUCGCUUAAAGUUGGACAUGUUCAAAAUCGACUAAUAGGUUCUAUAUGUAGAGGAGUUGAUUGAUUAGAGUAGAAGAUUUAAGAGUACAGGGUAAUCAAAGAAAUUGAGUGAUUGUAAUAAAUAAAAUUUAAUUGAUUCAAAUAUUAAUAGUGAUACAGUCUUGCAUAGAGCUCAUUGGAGGAAUAAAAACUCUGUAGCUGACUUCAAAUAAUUGGGACAAAUAUGACUUGACGUGUUUGCUGAGUUUAGCUCAAGCCAAAUUGAGUAUGCUUCUCAAAGCACUGCUUGAUAUAAGAAGCCAAUGUUAAGCAAACAUUUGGAAACAGUUGUCAUACUACACUUUAUCCAAUCAGUAUACUUAUAUAAAAACUAUUACAAAACCUAAAUUAACUUAUACGCAUUUUCUUUUGUAUAUUAAAUGGUUUUUCUUGGCGAUACUCAAGUCAUUACACCUUUGUAAUGCAGGUUACUGAAGAUCUUUCAAAUGCUGGUCUUGAAUCUUCUAAUCUGAUAGUCGGAAUUGAUUUUACAAAGAGCAAUGAGUGGGCAGGUAAGGUUUCUUUCAAUCGCCGAAGUUUGCAUGACAUGGAUUGUUCUCCAAACCCUUAUGAACAAGCAAUAUCUGUCAUUGGGAGGACACUUUCUGCAUUUGAUGAGGAUAACCUUAUUCCUUGCUUUGGAUUUGGAGACGCAACUACUCAUGAUCAGGAGGUGUUCAGUUUUUUUCCAAACAACCGCCCGUGUAAUGGUUUCAAGGAAGCACUUGAAAGAUAUAGAGAAAUAGUUCCACAUCUUAGGCUAGCUGGUCCAACAUCUUUUGCUCCAAUAAUUGAAACAGCAAUAAGCAUUGUAGAUCAAACUGGUGGCCAGUAUCAUGUUCUCCUCAUUAUAGCAGAUGGCCAGGUAACAAGUGGGGUUGGCAAGAAUAGUGGCAAGUUAAGCUCACAAGAGAGAGAUACUAUAAAUGCUAUUGUUAAAGCUAGUGAUUAUCCACUCUCUAUUGUUCUUGUUGGAGUUGGUGAUGGUCCCUGGGACAUGAUGCAACAGUUUGAUGAUAACAUACCUUCUCGAUCAUUUGAUAAUUUCCAGUUUGUAAAUUCUACUGAAAUCAUGUCAAAAAACAUAGCCAACAAUAAAAAGGAGGCAGAGUUUGCUCUAUCCGCUUUGAUGGAAAUUCCUUCACAAUAUAAGGCCACAUUGGAUCUCCAACUUUUGGGCAAACGCAGAGGAAUUCCGAGAAGGAAAUGCCUUCCACCUCCAAUUAAGGGUCGCGGUCCAACCUCAAAGCGCCCACAGUCGAGCAUUUCUGAUCCUUCCCCUGGAGUUGAUAAAAGUAAUGCUGUGGUUUCUUCAGCUUCUGCUGUCAACGAUAAAAAGAUCUGUGGCGUAUGCUCCAACCAGACCAAGAACCUAGCUUUCGGGUGCGGGCAUCAGGUUUGUUACGACUGCGGAAACGACAUGAAGCUUUGCCCAAUUUGCUUGAGUCCUAUAAAUACAAGGAUUAGACUUUAUUAAUGUUCAGAAAGUGUUUUGCUUGAAGGAAUGCUUUAAACCAAAUUGUCCUUUGCUUUGCUUCUGCUGUUGCCUGAUGAUUUGGGUGCAAGCAGAAGCAAAGCACUAAAUCCUCUGCUUUAAACCCAAUUUUAAGAGUUUGUCUAAAGUUCUGGGGGUGUAAAUCUGGCUUGUUCUUGUAUUUGCAAAACACUAAAACUUAUAUUAUGAUUUCAGUUGUGCACAACUCUGAACACUGUGCUCCUGAUUUUAAUUAGAAGAUAUUAACACAGUUCGUCUGAACAUUUUUCCGUCUGAA